AUGAAAUGGCUGCCUCUUGUGUUUUUACAGAUUGAUUUGGAUACUAUUGAUGUCAGCAAUCUCAACAGGCAGUUUUUAUUUCAAAAGAAACAUGUUGGAAGAUCAAAAUCACAGGUUGCCAAGGAAAGCGUCUUACAGUUUUGUCCAGAAGCUAAUAUUAUAGCUUAUCAUGAUAGCAUCAUGAACCCUGACUAUAAUGUAGAGUUCUUCCGCCAGUUUACAUUGGUUAUGAAUGCUCUGGAUAACAGAGCUGCUCGUAACCAUGUGAACAGGAUGUGUCUGGCUGCUGAUGUUCCCCUUAUAGAGAGUGGAACCGCAGGCUACCUUGGACAAGUAACAGUUAUUAAAAAGGGAGUGACAGAAUGUUAUGAAUGUCAUCCUAAACCAACUCAGAAGACUUUUCCAGGCUGCACAAUCCGCAAUACACCAUCAGAGCCUAUCCAUUGCAUUGUGUGGGCUAAGUAUUUGUUCAACCAGCUCUUUGGAGAAGAAGAUGCUGAUCAAGAAGUCUCUCCUGACAGAGCUGAUCCUGAAGCUGCCUGGGAGCCAGCAGAAGCAGAAGCCAGAGCGCGAGCAUCCAAUGAAGAUGGUGAGAUUAAACGUGUUUCAACUAAGGAGUGGGCUAAAUCAACUGGAUAUGAUCCAGUUAAACUUUUUACUAAGCUUUUCAAAGAUGACAUUAGGUAUUUGCUGACAAUGGAUAAGCUAUGGAGGAAGAGAAAGCCUCCAGUGCCGCUAGACUGGGCUGAGGUACAAAAUCAAGAGAAGAGUGUGUCUGACCAACAAAACGAGUCCUCAGCAGUCUUGAAGGAUCAGCAGGUUCUGGAUGUAAAGAGCUAUGCACACUUAUUUUCCAAGAGUGUUGAAACCCUGAGACUUCACCUAGCUGAGAAGGGUGAUGGAGCAGAACUUAUAUGGGAUAAGGAUGAUCCAUCUGCAAUGGAUUUUGUCACUUCUGCUGCAAACCUCAGGAUGCAUGUUUUCAGUAUGAAUAUGAAGAGCAGAUUUGACAUCAAAUCAAUGGCAGGAAAUAUUAUCCCAGCUAUAGCUACUACUAAUGCAGUAAUAGCUGGUCUGAUAGUGCUGGAGGGUUUGAAGAUUUUAUCAGGAAAAAUAGAUCAGUGUAGAACGAUUUUUCUGAACAAGCAGCCAAAUCCCAGAAAGAAGCUAUUGGUCCCUUGUGCUUUGGAUCCACCAAAUCCUAACUGUUACGUUUGUGCAAGUAAACCAGAAGUGACUGUGAAACUUAAUGUACACAAAGUUACCGUGUUAACGCUCCAAGAUAAGAUAGUGAAAGAAAAAUUUGCUAUGGUAGCACCAGAUGUACAAAUAGAUGAUGGAAAAGGAACUAUUCUUAUCUCUUCCGAAGAAGGAGAAACAGAAGCAAAUAAUCAUAGGAAAUUAUCAGACUUUGGAAUUCGAAAUGGCACUCGACUACAAGCAGAUGAUUUCCUCCAGGACUAUACUCUGUUAAUCAAUGUGCUUCAUAGUGAAGACCUAGAAAAAGAUGUAGAAUUUGAAGUUGUUGGUGAUGCCCCUGAAAAAGUUGGCCCUAAACCUGCAGAACCGACACCCAGGAACAUAACCAAUGGUAGCGAUGAUGGAGCGCAACCGUCAACAUCGACGGCUCCAGAUCAAGAUGAUCUAUUGAUUGUUGAUUCUGAAGAUGAAGGUCCUUCAAGCAACGUUGAUGAGGAUAUGGAAAAUAAAAGCCGCAAGAGAAAGCUAGAAGAUAAAGAGUGCGUCAGUACUAAGAGAGUGCGUACAGAGCAGACAGAAGAGCAAGAUGAAAUCAUAGCAUUAGACUGAACAUGCAAGUGCCCCUUGACAAAACGAUUCAGAUAGUGUAAUACAGUAACAGUAUGCUCUGUUGGGGGUGUGAAAAAUGUCAAGAACUAGACUAAUUUUAAGACCUUUGUUCCAAGACAAUACCAGUCCACUGACUUAAAUAAUUUGUGUCUGUUC